AUGGCCUCCCCGGCGAUCCAGAGAUCCCCAAUUUCUGCCUCUUCCUCUCCUCUCCAACGCCUUUCCACAUUCAAAGACAAAGCGCCCACCACUACUCCCACCAACGCCACAACCCCACCGUCCUCAAUCACUCCCAUCACCACCCCAUUCUCCCACUCGCCAUCCCCUCUUGAGUCCUUCGCCUCUGACCCAAUAUUCUCUGCUUUCCUCUCCCCAGACUUCAACUCCACCCGCUUCUCCUCCGCCGCUCUCUCUUCCGGCUCCGCAGCCUCCCGAAUCGAGAAGCUCCAAGACGGUAUCCGCCACCUUGAACAGCAGCUCCGCUCCGAGGUCCUCUCCCGCCACCAUGAUCUACUCCACCAGCUCUCCUCCAUCAAAGACGCCGAGUCUGCCCUCUACACCCUCCGCUCCUCCAUCUCCACUCUCCAAUCAUCCGUCCGCCACAUCCGUGCCGAGAUCUCCGACCCCCACCGCCAGAUCCACUCUAAGACCCUCCAACUCUCCAAUCUCCACACCUCGAUUUAUCUCCUCCAAUCCACCAUCAGAGUACUUCGCCAAAUCAAGAAACUCCGGGAUGUAAUGGCUAUAAACGAGCAUGAACCCGAAAAACUAGACCUCUCGAAGGCUGCACAGUUGCAUUUCGAGAUACUAUCUUUGUACAAUGAUAGCAAUCUUUUGGGAAUCGAUGUAGUUGAUGUAGAACUUAAAUGGGUAUUCGAGGCGGGGCAAAAACUACGGGCCGAGGGCAUGCGGGUAUUGGAAAGAGGUCUUGAAGGGCUGAAUCAGGCGGAAGCUGGGGCAGGUUUGCAAGUGUUCUAUAAUUUGGGUGAGUUGAGGUUGACUAUAGAUGGGUUGAUAAGUAAGUAUAAGGGUAUGGCAGUGAAGAGUCUGAGUGGGGCAUUGGAUAUGAAGGCGAUAUCGGGGAUUUCAGGAGGUGGGUUUGGGCCGGGAGGGGUACAGAGGAGUGGGACCCCACAGAUUGGUGGAGGGGCGAAGGCAAAGGAGGCGUUAUGGCAGAGGAUGAGUGCUUGUAUAGAUCAGCUGCAUUCAAUUGUUAUUGGGGUUUGGCAUUUGCAAAGAGUAUUGUCGAAGAAGAGGGACCCCUUUACACAUAUUUUGCUGCUUGAUGAGGUCAUGCAGGAUAUAUUAGAAGAACCCCAGGUUGCUUAA